GGACGAUGCGGGCCAUCCGCAGGCACCUCUUCCCCGGGGACUCUGCUGCCGGGCAGGGCAUCGUCUGGGAGUGGCAGAACGACGAAGGCGGGUGGUCUCCCUACGAGAUGAAAGUCUGUGUCUUCCUGGAGCAAGCCCGGGCCACCAACCACCAGCGAGUGGAUCUCGGACCCUUGGGCUACAACUAUGACGUUGACUUUGCCGCUCAAGUCCAGACCAACAAGACCACGAGGUUUCGCCGCAGCGUUCGGAGGCGCCUGGACGCCCCGUACCCAGUGUCGGCCUCUCCGGCACCCCUUCAUGCCACGGGGGGGGCUUGUUCUUGCCAGCAGUGCUGGCUGAACGCUGGGACUGGUCCCAUCACCACGCGCUACCGCCACUCCAUGAGCAACUUUCCCAACUCCUCCGCUACCGCUCAGGUUCCGGGUAGGACAGCGUUGGCGAGUUCUUCCGGCAUCGGCUUCGUACCCUAUAACAAACCGACCUUGUCUGGAGCGAGGUCGACACCAAGACUCAAUGCACAGAGCACCUUGGCUUUGCCUCACGCCGGAGGCCCUGGCACGGGGCCAUCUGCGUCGAACGGAGUCAGUCCCCCGGACCUGCCGGUCAGGAUGUCCAAGCCCAGCAAGGUGCAGCAGGCCCUGGCAGGCGUGACGGCUGUCCUGAUGUCGGCCGCUGGACUCCCCGUGCCCCUCGCCCCCGCGCCGCAACCUGCCAGCACCCAAAAAGCCACUAAAAAACACAGCUCAGUUAAGGAGGGGAGAAAAGUGUCCAAGAAAG